UGAAAGUCGCUUCUCAGAAAGGUGAGGAGAUCAGUUAGAUGAGAAAAAGCUGGAGACACAGGCGGCUGGAGAACUCGUGCACCUGCGGCUGGAGACGAAGAGAUUUGUAAGCCAAGAGGAGAGGGGAGCUCGUACUUUGCUUUCCAUUUGCACAUUCUGCCUUCACAACAACCCUGCGAGGUGGGUUGGGCCACCAGAACGAUGGGAGACAAUUCAACUUGGAAUGCCACAUCUCCCGUAACGGGGCAGUCCUCUCUGAAGGGGGCAUCGAUCGGCUUGGCUGUGCUCGCGACGGCUUUUCUUCUGGGCUGUCCCGGCAACGCCUUCGUCGUGUGGAGCGCUGGCUGCCGUGUCCGCAAGCGGACGGUCACCUGCCUCCUCAUCCUCCAUUUGGCCAUCGCCGACUUGAUAGUGCUGUUCACGGCACCCGUCUUCCUGCGGGUGCUAAGCGUCAAAGAGUGGGAGCUGGGCGACGUCGUCUGUCGCAUUUGCCACUACAUCUGCGGGGUCAGCAUGUACGCCAGCGUCUUCCUGAUUGCGCUCAUGAGCUUGGACCGCUGCUUGGCCGUCUCGAAGCCCAUCCUGUCCCACAAGAUCCGCAGCAAAAAGACUAUACGGCUCGUGGUCCUGGGCGUUUGGAUGGCAGGAUUUCUGUUGGCCAUCCCCGUCCUUAUCUACCGGCAGGUGUCAGAGAAAAAGGGGGAAAAGCCUCGCUGUGACUUUAACCACCCCACACCCAGACAUCUGGUCUUCCACAAUCUUUUUGAAACCAUCACUGGAUUCCUGCUUCCGUUUGUCACCAUCAUCUAUUGCUACUGCACCAUCGGCCAGCGACUGAGAGACACCCGUUUUCGCCAAAAACGCCGCACGAGCCGCCUCAUCGCUCUCAUAGUGGUUGCUUUUGCUGUUUUUUGGCUCCCUUACCACGUGGUCAACCUUCUGGAUGUAGCCGCUGUGUGGAGCGGCUCCACCGGAGUAGAAGACAUUGGGAAAGCGGCUAGGCGUGUGUUGGUUGCUUUAGCUUUCUUCAGCAGUAGCGUAAAUCCUAUCCUUUACGCCUUCAGUGGUGGUUCCCUCAUCCGGUCUGCCGGCUUGGGCUUCAUGGCCAAGCUCUUUGAAGGAACUGCUUCAGAAAUAUCCAGCAUCAAGCAUGGUACCACCCGGGACCCUCAACGCCACAUGGAAACCAAGGUUGACCCCGCAGGGAACGGGAGUCCUGCAGACUUGACUGAAUCUACCAACCCAACUGGUGAAACGUAUGAAGAACAUGCAGAGGUUUUGAAGGCCCUUAACUCACCGUGAAAGAUCUCCGUGGGUAUGGCCCACCCAAGACUCUGGUAUCAAGCACAGUGGCUUUUGUUGUUAUAUACAUGCAACGGACCCAGUCAAUACUUACCCUUGUCUGAAAUGAGCAUACUCUGAUCCUGAGAGUUGUGGGUUUUCGAGGCUGUGUGGCCGUGGUCUGGGAAUUUUUGCUGAUAACAUUUUGCCCACAUCGAUGGCUGGCGUCUUCAGAGGCAUGACACUGCAAGAUGUGUUUCUCUCCAUGUCCCACCUUACGGGGGUCAGCCAUCGAUUCAGACGAAACAUUAGGAGCAAAAGCUCCUAGACUGCAGCCACACAUUUUCCUUUCGAAAUUUUGGCUUGUUUUCUGUAUAUCUGUUAUGAUACAUUAUGCAGUGUUUAUUUCUGUGAUUAUAUUCAUUUUAGCUUCUGCUUGUUUCAAUGGGACGUGUUUCUUUGACAUUUUGUUGUUAGGAAUACCCUUCCCUUUAGACAUUCCCCUUGUCGAAUUUCAGAAACACAGGAGGAAAAGUCCUAGUAUUGGCGGUAACGAAAGGCAAGAAAUCUUGGAAACUGAAAACGAGACCCAUUAAAAUCAACGGAAUGAUUCACACCUGCCCAUUCAUCCCUAUUUAUUGUCAUUGUCCUAAGACAGCGAUGGCGAACCUUUUAGAAACUGAGUACCCAAAUUGCAACCCAAAACCCACUUAUUUAUCGCU